AUGGGACGCAAGAAGAUUGAGAUUCAGCCAAUAACGAACGAGCGCAACCGCUCCGUCACUUUCCUAAAGCGCAGGACCGGUCUAUUCAAGAAAGCGUACGAGCUCGGCGUCCUUUGCUCGGUCGACGUCGCAGUCAUCAUUUUUGAGAAGCGACAAGGGCACGCGGAAAAGCUUUAUCAGUAUUGCUCGUCGGACAUUCGAGGCAUCGUAGACCGUCAACGGCGGUUUAGCGGAGAGCGCGACACUCGAACUCCGAGCGACUUCAGCGGGAACCCGGCUCCCUCUGGUGCUGCGGGCGCAGAAGAUGACGCCGGAGACGACGACGACGAUCAGGAUAUGGCGGAUGAGCCUUCCGCUCGCGGUGAGGGUGACGCAGACGGAGGGAAACCAUCCGGUGGAGAGGAAAGAGGAAAGAGAGGGAGACCACUUUCAGUGAAGGCGGAAGGGGACAUGGGUAUUGACAUGGACUAUACCUCCUUCUCAAACCACCCACACCACAACCACCCACUCUCCUCCAACUUAUCCUCUUCGGCGUCUACUCUCUCCAUCCCCUCUCUAGUGCCUUUCAGCUUUGACGACGUCUCUUCCCUCGGCGGCGUGCCCUCCAUUUCGACUUCCCCAACGAUGCCCAUCUCUUCCGACCGACACACACGCAGCCGCCUAGCGGCCUACCAGUCUCACAGUCAUCUAUUGCACCAACAACAAUCGCACCAACCGUACCCAUCUCUCGGUUCGCAUCUCUCUCUCACACACCAGCUGGGACGGUACGGAAACGAAAGCAAUCCGAACAAACGACCUCGUCUCUCAAGCACCUCUCUCCCAAGUCUCGACAUGCACCAUUCCUAUCCACACCAUUCGCCCACGUCUGCAACCAGCCUCGUCGGACGAGGAAGCGCGUCCUCCUACCUGUACGACGACUCAUCGCCUCUACACGGAGGCGGAGGCGGCAGCGGCGGGAAUGGAAACUCCCCAUUUCACGACGAACACUCACACUUGCAUGGUCGUACUCCAGCGCCGCCACCUUCUUCCUCAGGUGGUGCAGGAGGAUACGGACAAAUUAAGUCAGCGUCGCGCCGACCCGGGGGUUUACCUUCUUCUUCCUCUUCUAAUUCAUCGACGCCACAGCCUGGCUACCCGGGACGUACGCAUCCCCUGUCGGGUCCUGGUGGUGGCCUAGGUGAAGGAGGUGGGGGUGGGGGUGGGGGUGGGCAUGGGGUGGGAGGACCGAUGAGCCCAGGAGGGCAAGAUCUCUUCGCCGGUGUGUUUGGUGCGGGAACGGACUCCGGAUCGGGAGAUGGUACACGAGGGAACGGGGGAGCAUCAGGAGGUGGUGGUGGGGUAAGCGGCCUACCGUUCAACUAUCACUCCAACCCACUCUCCGCAUUCGACCUGGAGUCCCUCUUCAGUGAUCCCGAACCUCCCGCGAAUAAUAACAAUGAACUGAUGUACUCGUUCGACUGGCCACAGUACAACCCAAGUUCACAAUCGCAGCAACAUGGUUCGUCGGACCACUCAUCCUCAGGCGCAGGGAGAGGGACUAGGAACGGAGGGGACGGAGGAGGGAAUGGAGGGAUGGUAGAGGGACCGAAUUGGUUGGAUUUGUUGGCUACUGCGGUGCCAGACCUCGAUAUGGGCGCUUCGUCCUCGUCUAGUCUCCCUCCUACGUCCAUGUCUGGCUCUGGCUCUGGUCUGAGCGGGACGAACAUCGGCAUCGAAGGAGAACGGGGUGAUAGCGAGGACGGAGAGGGGGAGUUCGUGGGUUUGGAUGAAGGGAUGGGUUUGGAUGGGUUUGAGAUGUUGGGUGCGCAGGGGAGGGGUGAGAAGAAGGACAGUAGGAGUGGUGGUGAUAGUGAUGGGUAG